AUGCGCAGCUUCACUACAUUCUUCCUUUGGGCGUUGGCUGCCAGUAUCCUGUGCCAAGGAUUCUUCGCGAAGGAUCAGUCGGGGUACAUUUGCCUCAUUGAGGAUCCAAUACAAAAUCAGUGCGGCAGUAUUUGUCUGACUGAACUGAGCCCACGGCUUAGCGAAGUCGUCAAGGCCCAGAACGAAGGGAACACAAACAUCCGUGAAUUUGACAAAGAAAUCAAAUCGAAGCUGCAGACUUUGGAGGUGAAAAUUGGAGAAGUGCAGGCCAAGCUACCCCAGGUGCAUGCCGAGCUGGAAGAACAACUACAAGGAGUGGAAAAUAAGCUGGAAGGACGACUACAAGGAGUGGAAAAUAAACUGGAAGGACUACUACAAGGUCUAGAAAGACAACUUCAGGAGGGGCAAACCAAACUGGAGGCUAAACUGGGCGAAAGGCUCAAGGAUAAAUUGAAAACCAACUUCGGGCGGGUUUUAACAAAACUGCAGGCAGUGUUAAAAGAUAUAAAUGUUGCCAAGAUGGAAAUCCCGGAUCGAAUUAGUGAUAAUAUACCAUCUGGUUUCGAGCUAAUCGGUGACAGAUAUUUUAGAAGUGUAAGUGAAAGAGUGGAUUGGGAUACUGCUGAGAGAAAGUGUCGUGAGAUGGGAGGUUACUUGGCCUCCUUUCGAAAUGAAGAAGAAUUCAACGCAAUUAAAGCAAAACUUAAUGAUUGGCCGGCUUACUGGCUAGGCAUUAAUGAUCGCGAUAAUGAGGGCCACUUCGUAUCUGUGGCCUCGCACAACCCAGCACCAUUUUUAAAGUGGAAAGAGGGAGAACCAAGCGACAGAAAUCAUGAGUGGAACUGCGUCUAUUUGUUUAAUGGCAGAAUGGAGGACGGCUCUUGUUAUGGUGAUGCGCCUUUUAUUUGCCAGGCGGACAAUGAAACUUAG